UACACACACAGCUUGAACGGAAGCGAAGUGAGGUAAGGGUAUGUAUGACAGCUCAAUUAUAGACUCUGUGUUCAGGUAGAUGAAACAAACAAGUAUUGAAAUAUGCCGAGUCUCAAAGCGACCGCAUUACGCACCUUCAUAGUGAGUAAACUCGAGACUUGACAAUUCUACCUGAAACUGAGAUCAUUAAUUGAUGAUAACAUGGCGUCAAGUUCAGUGAGUCAGGAGAGCUUAGAUACGGAAGAUUUUGCAAUCAGUAUCCGUAAAAGUAAGAUACGCAACAUGCGCGCUCGAGGGUUGAAUCCACUACCCCGGAGUACGGAUCGAGAGAGAGAGGAGGAUUCCUGCGACAUUCCGUGUGACCAGGAUACACCAGGAUGGGGUGUCAUCCCGGAGCACGAGUCUCCAUCCCGGUGCAUAGCUACAAGCCGGACGAAGGAUAAGCGUACUCGACCAAAUCACCUGCACAAAGGCAAACUGCCAAAGGACAAAAGGAAACUGAGGGAAAAAAGAAGGAGCACUGGAGUAGGCCUUGGAGGUCUCGCACACCUUCCAUCAACCGAGAGCACUGGUGACUCUUUGGAUGAGGAUGAUGAGGAUCCUAAAGGUUCCACAGAGACCAAACGAAACACAUCCUACAAUGAAAUCAUUGACGAGGACAACCCUCAGACACCCUCAGAUGAUCGCCAUAUCCCCAAAGGUUUUAUUUCCAGGAGAACUAAGAGUCCAUCUGAUCUUGAAGCUGACUUGGAAGACAACCAAGAUUAUGACAGUACCGUCAGUCAAUCAGAGACCAACUUGACUUUAAUUGGAAAACCAGAUUCCAAAGAAUCAAACUAUAAACACAUUCCGAAAUAUGGUCCUGGAAGUAAUGUAGACAUUCCAUCCACAAAAGUGUCUCAUAUCAAACCUUACAGCUCUCCAAACAUCUGUGAUACCAAGCCUCUCUCAUCCUCAUCAAGCUCUCUUCAGGGCAGUCAUCAUAGUAGGUAUGGAUAUUCUACUAACGCAGCUGAGUGGCAGGAAGCAGAAGAGAAUAGCGUAGUGAAAAAGGAUUUACCCGUGAUAAAGCCUUUGACAUCUGUAGUGAACAGAUACAAGGAAAGUAAAUCAGACAGUGACAAUAAUGGUUACAGUGGUUUCCGUCACCAUGACAACGUUCAGAGAUCAGGGGUCAGCCACAAACUCUUCUUAAAUCGGUCCAAAGCAAACGAAAGCCUGGAGCAGUUAUUGGAAAAAGAAAAAGAAGAAAACAGGAAACUGAAGGCAAUGUUAGAAUCAAAAGAUAAGAAAAUUGCAGAGCUGGAAAAGGAAGUUUCUUCUUUAAACAAGGAUCUUGAGGACUUUGAUGAUGAAAACCAGAAAUUGGUAUUGGAAAACAACUCUCUGAUCCGUGCAGUGUCUAACCUCAGCAUUACUAGUACAGCUGUGUAGGACAUACAAGGAAACAGAUGUGUUGGAUACACACCAGUUCACCUGAAUAGGACAGCUGUGUAGGACAGACACUAGUCCAUUUUAGAGCAGACACCAGUUCACCUAUGUAGGACAGACACAUGUACAGCUGUGUAGGACAAUGAUAUAUUUGUAUAGGACAGACACUUCUAAUGCUGUAGAGGACAAACACUAUUACAGCUGUGUAGGACAGGCAUUAAGACAACUGUUUAGGACAGACAUUAUAACAACUGUGUAGGACAAAAAAGUGGACAGCUGUGUUGGUCAGACACCAGUUCACCUGCAUAGGACAGACACUUGUACAGCUGUGUAGGACAGACACUUUUACAGCUGUGUAGGACAGUAGACACUGAUAAAAUUGUAUAUUAGGACACCUGUGCAGGACUGACACUAGUGCAGUGUGUAGGACAAACACUAGAACUACUGUGUAGGACAGACAAUGAUACAUUUGUGAAGGGCUGGCACUACUGCAGCUAUGUAGGACAGAUGAGUAGGCUAUGCACAAGGACCUUUGUGAUGGACAGAGCCAUAUAGGACAGACAUUUGUGUAGGACAGACACUACUGUAACUGUAGAGGACAGACACUAUCGCAGAUGUGUAACACCGACAGCCAGACAUUUGUGAGGAGCUGACACUACCAUUAGCUGUGUAGGACAGACAGUAGAACAUGUACAACUAUCAGACAGACUUUAGGACAACUGAGACUCUAGGACAGAUAUUUAGGACACAUCCUUUCAUCUCUGAGUGAAGGUGCAUCAUAAUCAGUAGGCCAAGGUCACAAGAUUGCUUCGCUUUCCAUACAUGGUCAAGGAAAUCAUUUGGCAGAAGUUUUUUGUCUUGAUAAAGUGCUUUUUCAGCGGUUUCCUUUGAAUACUUAUUUAUUGUGACAGAUCUGCAAUACCUGCGUAAUUAAUUGAAUGUUCUAUCAGUGCUAAUGCUGUUAUAUCACAACUUGUUCAACAAUGUAUAUUGUAUAAUUAUUUACCCUUGACUAGUAAAUGUAAACAUUGUGUAUGUAUUGUUUCACCAUUAAUAAACAGA